AAUACUCAAAAAUUAAGCCCAAAUACCAAAAAUCCAUCUACCUUUUCUAAUUUCUCCUCCCCAUAAAUCACCAAUUUCCUUACCAAAUCCUGAUAUUUUUCUCUCUCUGUAUCUUCUCCCAUAAAACAUAGAGAUUCAACAUUCAAUACUCAAACUUGAAACUGACAUAAAACCUUUCAAAUCACCCAUAACUUCACCAACUCCUCUAAAAGAUCAAAAAAAUGGCUUUAGAAUUAUGGGAAACAUUAAAGGAAUCAAUCACAGCAUAUACAGGGCUUUCUCCAGCCACUUUUUUCACUGUAAUUGCUAUAAGUUUAGCUUUAUAUCAUGUUGUUUCUGGGUUUUUUGGAUCAUCCCCUCAACAUCAUGCUAGAUCAUUUGAGGAAAUGGAGCCUUUACCUCCACCUGUUCAAGUUGGUGAAAUUAGUGAAGAUGAGUUAAAACAGUAUGAUGGGUCUGACUCUAAAAAGCCUUUGCUUAUGGCUAUUAAGGGUCAGAUCUAUGAUGUUUCUCAAAGCAGGAUGUUCUACGGUCCAGGUGGGCCCUAUGCACUAUUCGCUGGCAAAGACGCUAGUCGAGCUCUAGCCAAGAUGUCUUUUGAAGAAAAAGAUUUGACCGGAGACGUUUCAGGACUCGGUGCUUUUGAGCUCGAGGCAUUGCAGGACUGGGAAUACAAGUUCAUGAGCAAGUACGUAAAGGUCGGAACUGUUAAGACCAAGGAAGUUCCGGUUACCAAUGGAUCUGAACCUAGCGGAUCUGCUGAAGCAGUUGAAGCUACCGACAAAGAGGCUGCUAAGCAGACAGAAGACAGCCCAUCAGAAAACCCGGCUGCAGUAACCGAGGACACAUCCGCUACUGAGGCUGAGAAAAAGGACGAGUAAUGUACCGUUUUAGCUGUAUACCGAGUUUUGGAAAACUAGUUUUUACGAAGCAUAAAAGGAAUGUGGUUAGUAAAUUGUGGAAUGCAGUGAUAAAUGGAUUGUUCUUUACACAAAAACUUGUUUUACUUGGAAGUGUGGUGUUGUAAUUUGUAAAUGAACAUGCAUUAUGUGGACUCUAAUUAAAUAAAUUAGAUGGGCAUACAGCUGAAAUUUAUUUCAA